ACCGAUUUGUUGAUUAAUACAUGAAAAUUCACAAGAUCAAUUUUAAUCGUAAUAAGUAUAUAAUUACAAGAAUCAUUUACUACAUCGUUCAAUUUAUAUUUACAAUCCAUUGACUUUACCUGAAAAAUCAUAUAACUACACCAAAAUGUGGCCUAUUGUAUUGGGUGUCCUUCGACGCUAUUCACCAUACAUUACUCUGCCGUUUGCAGCAUGUGUUGGAUUCAUCGGAUAUCAUUUAGAAGGUUAUAUAUCAGAUAGAUAUACACCAGGAACAGCUCCAAUAAAGCAACAACGUGAAGAAAGGCUCUUAGCAAAUUUAGACUCUCAUGUUACAAAAAAGAAACAUAACCCUCUUGAAGUGAAUCUAUCCCCUUCAUUGACUUCGUAAGUUAUUGUAAGUGCUGUUAAAAGUUUGUACAUUUGUUAUAUUUGUAAUAUCUUUAUUGAUAAGAAAAUAUAGUGAUAACUAUUAAUAUUACAUACUUCUUAGAGCUGUCUUUAAAAACAUUAUGUUUUUGAUAUUAUUUGGAAAGGUCUCUUUUAUUUAAAAUCUCAGUAUGUAUGUUGGUUAUAUUGUGAUAGAUCAUCAGAAUAAAAUUUAAGACAUAUUACUCUGAAA